AUCGGACCGUUCCGGCUUGCGCUCGUGCCACGUGCUUCCUGACUUCGCGAAUCCAUUGAGCUCACCCCCUCACGAGGCCUCUCUUCUGAACUCUUCUGUAACCUCGGAGAAUGCUCGGAACAUCACCCCAGAGUCAUACAGAAGCCCUCGGGGCUACAUAAACCGUCUCCCGUCCAGGACGUGUGGAGAGCAAAACGAUGCGAGCCCAUCUCAGUGCCGCCGCGCUCGCUCUGCUGUUCGCCCGCCUCGCGAUGGCCGGCCCCAAAAACGUGACGAUCUCGAACACGGAUCCGCUUGUCUACUUCCACGGCCGGUGGGACACGUCGCCCGGGACCUGGUGGGCGGGCUCCGGCUUCAAGCUGCACGUCGCGAACCUCCAAUCGCUCGCAAUCAGUCUCGGGCCGCACACGACGCAGCCGAACGCGGCUGUCGGCGUGUCGGUCGACUACGGCGCGUUCAUUACGGCGAACGUCUCCGCGGGCGUCAACCAGAUCCCGUUGCCGCCGUCCGCUCUGGGCAAGAAGAAGUCGGAGUCGACGGUCGUCAGGGUCAAUGUCGAGGGCUGGCAGGCGAAUAGGAUUAAUCUCGAGGAGAUCAUCUUGAACGAGGGUCAAUUCCUUCCGAAGGGUGUCGAUCAGGCCUGGCCGUUCCUCGUCGGGGAGCAGUACAAGGCCGAGCACGUUGUCGUAGCACAGCCAGGUGCUGCAUUGACCGACAUCUUCUCGUACGGGAACGCGCACGGCCUCUCAUUCCAGUUCUUCCGUACCGAGGACACGGGGUAUUACUACACCACGGACCAUAAUUACACGACGCCGUGGGACUUUUCAAAAGACACCCCUGCCACGCACCUCGUGAUCCACAUCGGUGCCAACGACUCCGGUCAGAACGUCCCUGCGGAUCAGUUCGUCCAGGUCUACACCGAUUUCCUGGCCCGUCUCCGAUCCAUGCGCGAGUACGCACAUGUUCCUAUCUUCGUACUCUCGCCCUGGGGCUGGCCAAGCGCCGACGCGCCGACCUUCUACUACUACCCCGGAGAAUACGAGAAGAUCCGAUGCAGAACGGAGCACGACGACAAGAACAUCUUCCUCGUCAACACCACCGGCUGGGUCACCUUCGCAGAUGUCUUCCCAGACAACCAACACCCGACUGUCGCGGGGCAUGCAAAGAUCGCCGGCGAGUUCCAGACGUGGUUGGAGAAUUGGGGCCUGCAUCCCCAUUCGGAAUGGCGCUCGUAGGGGCGGAGCACAGGAAUACGCGGAUUGUCGGGUACUUGUAUACUUUAUAGUGAACUCAAAAAUGCCCUGUGUGUAAUGAAGGCGGACACUCUCACUGUCUGGCGAAUGAUGUGGAACAUUGCGGAUGGAGAGUCGAGAUGAGAAGAUUGUUCAAUCCCUUUUCUGUGCUAAGAUAGGACUCGGCGGUUGAUCAGCAUCUCCUCCUGAGAUCUAC